UUGGACCUCAGCGCGGGAGAGAGCGAGAGAGGCGCUGUGUCUUUAAGAGAGGAUGCCAAAGCCGAUUACAUUUGAUCUCAACAGUGAUUCUCUCUCGCCGUCUGUCCACUACUAUUGCUUAUUUUGCUAUACUGCAUGAGCUAAACGCAUUGACACACAGUGUUGUUCGUCGGGGUUUGAACUUUUCUUCUGGCCAGAAAUGGAUUGGACUCCGAAUUCGAUUGGAUGAGUCGCUUAUGAGCAGUGCGCGUCGGCUCGGCAACUUUCUCGUGCGCAUUUCUCCACACACCCUAGGUGGAAAGUUAAAAUCACAUGGGAUAUGGUGACAAACAAGUGAAUACACAUUAAACCAAGACGGAAAAUGCAGAAGAGUGUUCGGUACAAUGAGGGACACGCUCUGUAUCUCUCCGUUAUCGCGCGUAAAGAGGGCACCAAGCGGGGUUAUCUCAGCAAGAAGACCACAGAAAACAGUAAAUGGCACGAGAAGUUUUUUGCACUUUAUCAGAAUGUUUUAUUUUACUUCGACACCGACCAGAGUGCUCGACCGUCAGGGAUUUAUCUUUUGGAAGGAUGCACAUGUGAACGAGUCCCUGCACCCAAGGUGUCCACCGUUGGCAGAGAGACUCUUGACAAGCUGCAUUAUUUCCUGGUCAUCUUCGGGCAUGAUGGACAGAAGCCUCUGGAACUGCGGACAGAGGAGGAGUCAGACUGUGACGAAUGGGUGGAGGCCAUCCAGCAGGCCAGCUACUCUGACAUCAUCAUCGAGCGUGAGGUUCUCAUGCAGAAGUACAUCCAUCUGGUGCAGAUUGUGGAGACAGAGAAGGUGGCAGCCAAUCAACUCCGCACACAACUGGAAGACCAAGACACAGAGAUUGAGAGGCUUAAAGCUGAGAUUAUAGCCUUGAACAAAACUAAGGAAAGAAUGCGUCCCUACCACGUAUACCAGGAAGAGGAGGAUCCUGAUAUUAAAAAAAUAAAAAAGGUCCAGAGCUUCAUGCGAGGGUGGCUUUGUAGAAGGAAAUGGAAGAUUAUUGUGCAGGACUACAUCUGUUCUCCUCAUGCUGAGAGCAUGAGGAAGAGGAAUCAGAUCGUCUUCAACAUGGUGGAGGCUGAGACAGAGUACGUCCAUCAGCUUUACAUCCUGGUCAACUGCUUCCUGAGGCCGCUCAGAAUGGCCGCCAGCUCCAAGAAACCACCCAUUAGCCACGAUGAUGUCAGUAGCAUCUUCCUUAACAGUGAGACAAUCAUGUUUCUACAUGAAAUAUUCCAUCAGGGAUUGAAGGCGAGGAUAGCAAACUGGCCCACACUGAUUCUAGCGGAUCUCUUUGAUAUCUUGCUGCCAAUGCUGAACAUCUAUCAGGAGUUUGUGAGGAACCACCAGUACAGUCUUCAAGUUCUGGCCAACUGUAAGCAGAAUCGGGACUUUGACAAACUCCUGAAGCAGUACGAAUCAAACGCUGCGUGUGAGGGGAGGAUGCUGGAAACGUUCCUCACGUACCCCAUGUUUCAGAUCCCUCGUUAUAUCAUCACUCUCCAUGAGCUACUGGCUCAUACACCUCAUGAGCAUGUGGAAAGGAAAAGUCUAGAGUUUGCCAAGUCUAAACUGGAAGAACUCUCCAGGGUGAUGCACGAUGAAGUGAGUGAUACAGAAAACAUCCGUAAGAACCUGGCUAUUGAGCGCAUGAUCGUGGAGGGCUGUGACAUCCUCCUUGACACCAGCCAGACGUUUGUGAGACAAGGCUCUUUGAUCCAGUUGCCCUCAGUGGAGAGAGGGAAGCUCAGUAAGGUGCGACUAGGCUCUCUCUCAGUAAAAAAGGAAGGAGAGAGACAGUGCUUCCUCUUCACCAAGCACUUCCUUAUCUGCACACGCAGCUCAGGAGGCAAACUUCACCUGCUCAAACAAGGUGGUGUGCUGUCUCUGAUUGACUGCACUCUCAUCGAGGAGCCUGAUGCCAAUGAUGAAGAUGCUAAGAAUUCAGGACAGGUGUUUGGUCACCUGGACUUUAAGAUUGUGGUUGAGCCUUCAGAUGCUCCUGCCUUUACUGUGGUGCUGCUGGCACCGUCCCGUCAGGAGAAAGCAGCCUGGACCAGUGACAUCAGCCAGUGCAUUGAUAACAUCCGCUGUAACGGCCUGAUGACCAGUGUGUUUGAGGAGAACUCAAAAGUCACAGUGCCGCAUAUGAUCAGAUCCGAUGCGCGUCUCCAUAAAGAUGAUGUUGACAUUUGCUUCAGUAAGACGCUCAACUCCUGCAAGGUUCCUCAGAUCCGGUACGCCAGCGUGGAGAGGCUUCUGGAGAGGCUGACCGACCUGCGAUUCCUCUCCAUAGACUUCCUUAACACAUUCCUGCACACCUACCGGAUCUUCACCACCGCCACCGUGGUCAUGGAGAAACUGGCUGACAUCUACAAGAAGCCUUUUACCUCCAUACCAGUCAGGGUCCAGUAUCACUCAUUUGACCGCUUGUCCAUUACAUCCAUCUGCCCAGACUACAGCCUGAAGAUCAGGAAGAUAGCACUGGAUCAGUCAAAAUCCCUGGAGCUUUUCUUCGCCACCAACCAAAACAACCGCAGCGGGGACCACGUAAAUGACAAAUCCCCCAGACUGUGUCGCAAGUUCUCAUCUCCUCCACCUCUCUCCAUCCCCUCCCGUACUUCCUCUCCGGUUCGCAUUAGGAAACUCUCUCUUAAUUCCCCUAUUGGCUCAAAAGUAGGCAUCCUAGAUCUGUCCACGACCUCUUUUUCGGCAGCCAGUAGUCCAACCUCUGCCAACCCCACCAUCUCACCCCCACCAUCCAACAACAACAACAAGCCCCCUUUGGAUCCAAGCCAUGGACAAAGUCCAUCCUCCCCUGAACAGAGCCCUGGGGAUAUGGAUGAGAAUGCUGAGGUGCCACGAAUCGAUGCUCUCUGUGGUAAACUGCGACGCAGCAUCAGGAGAGGUGUGCUGGAUUCAGUUUCUUUGGACAAAUUUAUUCCAGAGUCUCCACAAGGCAGUGAACCGGGAGAAAUCUCUCCCUGCCGCUCACCCUCCACUCCACGCCACCUCCGCUACAGACAGUCAGGAGUCCAGUCAGCUGAGAACUCACGCUGCUCUGUUUCUCCAGCCUCUGCGUUUGCUAUCGCCACAGCAGCAGCUGGACACAGCAGCCCUCCAGUUUUUAACAAUUCUGAGCGGACUUGUGACAAGGAGUUCAUUAUACGUCGUGCGGCUACCAACAGAGUCCUGAAUGUCCUGCGCCAUUGGGUCUCCAAACACUCACAGGACUUUGAAAUGAAUGGAGAGCUGAAGAUGGGUGUGAUCUGCCUGCUAGAGGAGGUGUUGAGAGACCCUGAUGUUCUUCCCCAGGAGAGGAAAGCAACAGCAAAUAUACUAAGUGCCCUUUCUCAAGAUGACCAGGAUGAUGCACAACUGAAGAUUGAAGACAUUCUUCAGAUGGCUGAAUGCCCAAAGUCUGAGUGUUUCGAAUAUCUGUCAGCGAUGGAGCUAGCUGAACAAAUCACUCUUCUCGAUCACAUCGUCUUCAGGAGCAUUCCCUAUGAGGAGUUCCUUGGCCAAGGAUGGAUGAAGACAGACAAGACGGAGAGAACUCCAUACAUCAUGAAGACAAGUCAGCACUUCAAUGAUAUGAGUAAUCUCGUGGCCUCUCAGAUCAUGAGCCACACAGAUGUGGGCUCUAGAGCCAGCUCUAUUGAAAAAUGGAUAGCAGUGGCUGAUAUUUGCCGCUGUCUCAACAACUAUAAUGGUGUCUUGGAGAUCACAUCUGCCCUGAACCGGAGCGCCAUCUACAGGCUAAAGAAGACAUGGGCUAAAGUGUGCAAACAGACUAAAGCACUAAUGGACAAACUUCAAAAGACUGUGUCAUCUGAGGGAAGGUUUAAAAACCUGAGGGAAACUCUAAAAAACUGUAAUCCACCUUGUGUUCCAUAUCUGGGUAUGUACUUGACGGACCUCGCAUUUAUCGAAGAGGGAACCCCAAACUUCACUGAAGAAGGACUGGUUAACUUCUCUAAGAUGAGAAUGAUAUCUCAUAUCAUAAGGGAGAUCCGACAGUUCCAGCAAACUCCCUACAGAAUUGAGCACCAACCAAAGGUCACACAGUAUCUUCUGGAUAAGACCUUGAUUAUGGAUGAAGACACACUGUAUGACUUGUCUCUCAAGAUUGAACCAAGGCUUCCUGCAUGAACUACAACCUCAGUUCCUGGCAACUUCCAUCUAGAUGUGCUUCCCACUCUUGGGAUCUUUUGAAGGCAUGAAGCAUGCCUAGUGUUUGAGGAAGAGGGACGUGAAGGAGGGAGGGAAAAUGUCCAUUUGAAAGUGUGGAAGGCAGAGGGUCCAGGUUUGGAGGAGAGUAUUAAAGAGUGCUCACCACCACAAUGUCCCCUGAAGGUUGACUUUUAUCAUGGAAAAGAAUGUCAGAUGAAAACUGACCACUGUCAGAGGUCAGGGUUCAUGAGUGAGUUUAAGGGUCUAGCAGAUGGAUUCAGUCUAAAUUGUGAAGAGAAUGGGUGAAGAUAUGUAGCAUGUACAGAAGUAGAGCUAUUAGCCAGAUCUUAUGUAGUGUAUUGUGGCCCUCAUGGGCCUGUGGCCCCUGGCACAUCCCCUCAUUGGUAAUGGUAGUGACUUUGUGCAUGAACUAGACUGUGGGUUUGCUGUGUGCUUUGCCUCAACUUUACACUCCAUGUGCCGUCCCAUCUGCCAACAGCUGGCUGCACUCAACCAAAAUGCCACAUAAAAUUUUUAUAAGAUACAUCAGACUUCUAAAUAAUGAGAAUGUAGUAGCUUUCUAA